GCAGCGAGUAUUAUAUUCGGCUCACGCGCUCUUAAAAGAAAGCCUCGGCGAAGAAAAAUUCUUCCCGCCCUUUCUCCUGAACUUUCCGAUCAAUGGCUCCGAAUUCCGAUAGCACCGAAGCAAAAUAGGCCACUGAGUGCUCAAAAUGUGGCUGACGCAUUGCAAAAUAUCAACCUCGAGAAGGCAGCUGUACAGAAAGCUCUGGAUACUCUUGCUGAUAGCGGGAAGAUUUCGUUCAAGGAGUAUGGUAAUCAGAAGAUAUACAUUGCUCGUAAGAACCAAUUCAAAAUUCCAAAUACCGAACUGCAACAACAGCUGGGUGAAGUAGAGAAGGCACUCAGUGAAGUUGAGAGGGAAGGAACUUGGAAUUGAAUAUGAUGGAGGUAUGGGUGUAAGCUUGCAGUCAUUUGGUGGCUUGCUGCAACAAGAUAAGAAGCGGAAAAGAGGCCAGUGAAUUUCUCUGAUGAAAUCUUAACUAGAGAUUUUUGAGAUUAUAGGUUUUUCUUGCUCUUUAACCAGAGGCGAAGCUGAGGCAAAUAUAUGUAGAAUUUCGCAUGCUGUGAUAUAACUCGGUACAUUAGUAGACGAUUUAUAGAUGUUAAUAUGCAAAACCUUUACAGAAUGAUACAGUAGUUUAUCGAGUUCAAUGUUGUUUUGUAACAAGUUAGACAUUUUCUAGCAUAAGGCAAUCUGUCCUUAACCAAUGCAUGUACAAGGUUGUCCAUAUAAAUGUGAAUGUUCAAGUGUGUAAACUGGUAGUUGCUUGGUGAAACCAAAUGAGCUCGUGAAGAUAUUAUCCAUUAUCCCUGGAGACUUCUGUAAAGUUAUUGGAUUUGGUCCUCUGUACACGAGCUUUAGAAUAUUAUCAAAAAAAAAAAAAAAAAAAAAAAACUUUAUAAGCUGUUAAUAUCCGUUACUCCAAAGGCGAAGCUUUGAAAGUACCACCUGGGCUGUUCUAUAUAUAUCCUAAUGUGCUGCAAUGCUGGUUAGAAACAACUUGGUCUAGAUGUCCUUUUUGCACAAGUUUCAACUUCAUCAUAUUCAUGGUGAUAGCACAUAUGUUAUUAGAUAUUCAAAAAAGAUUUAACUUAUGCUAUUUGGACAUUAAUAAAGCUCACAGGCAGAUUAAAUAUAUAUCCAAAAUUCUAAGUGCCCACCCACUUGUCUAGUCCUCACAGAUUUAAAAGCAGUGCAUUUUUGAAUCCCAGAUCCUGCAAUAUCGUUUGGCCUAAAAUAUUAACAUCAUCAUGUUGUAGUACUGUUUUAAUUAAUUAGAGCAUAAUAUAUAUAUAUCCAAUGUCGUUCUGCAUCAGUAAUUUAUACGCUUUGGUGCAAGUGGGUAAGACGGCGUCGUUUCCAAGUAAUCACGGGGUUUUAAGAAACGACAGCGUAACUAGUUGAUUCAUGAGGCGACGUCGUUCGAAGCGCAUGUGAUGUGGCUUUUAUUUGGCACGCGCACUCUUGGCGAAGAAGAAAAAUUGGUUCCCGCCCUUUCUGCUGAACUUUCCAAUCGAUGGCUCCGAAAUCCGAUAGCACCGAAGCAAUCGUGCUGAACUUCGUGAACGAGCAAAAUAGGCCACUGAACUCUCAAAAUGUGGCGGAUGCGUUGCAAAAGUUCAACCUCAAGAAGUCAGCUGUGCAGAAAGCGCUGGAUACUCUUGCUGAUAGCGGGAAGAUUUCGUUCAAGGAGUAUGGUAAGCAGAAGAUAUACAUUGCUCGUCAGGACCAAUUCGACAUUCCAGACAGCGACGAGCUCAAUCAGAUGAAGGAAAAAAAUACCAAGCUGCAACAACAGCUGGAUGAACUAAGGAAAGCAAUCAGUGGAGUUGAGGGGGAAAUCAAAACUUUGCAGUCAAAUUUAACACUGGAACAGAUACAUGAAAAAGAAGCCAGAUUAAGAAUGGAGGUCAUGGAACUGGAAGACAAAUUGGAAAAAUUGCGUGGGGGAGUUACCUUGGUGAGCCCUGAAGAUCGAGAGGUGGUAAAGAAAAUGUACUCGGAGCAAAUAAAUCACUGGAGAAAGCGCAAAAGGAUGUUUAAAGAUCUAUGGGAUGCUAUUACCGAAAACUCACCAAAGGAUCUCAAGGAAUUUAAGGAGGAACUUGGAAUUGAAUAUGAUGAAGAUAUCGGUGUGAGUUUGCAGUCAUUUGGUGAUCUGCUGCAACAAGGUACGAAGCGGAAAAGAGGCCAAUGAAUUCUCAGAUGAAGUCCUAAUUAAAGAUUUGAGAUUACAGGUUUUCUUGCUCUUUAACCAGGGGCAAAUCUGAUGCAAAUUUAUGUAGAUUUUCGAAUGCUCUUAUGGUGUAGAUUGGGCUUCUAUAUCUCAGUCCAUUAGUAGAUGAUUUACAGAUUGAUAUGUUAAACCUUUACAGAAUGAUACAAAUAGUUCAUCGAGUACGAUGUUAUUUUAUCACAAGUUAAACAUUUUUGUAGCAUAAGGCAAUUUGCCCUCACAAAUGCAUGCACGAGGUUGUCCAUAUAAA